AUUGUAAAUACCGCCGGAGGUUCCGCCGUCAUUGGUUGUUAGAAUUUACAUUUCAAUUCCACCAAUCAUAUCAAUUCAAUUUCCCUUUCCUCUCUCUCUCUCUCUCUCUCUCUCUCUUUAUCUCUCUCUUCUUCUUUUUUCCAACUCUUGUGACCGCCGGAAUCUUGUUCAUUUGAUUUCUUCACUCGAUCGUUCAAUUUUCUUAACAGAUAUAUUUCAUCCAGAAAAACUCCAGUUCUAUCUGACACUUGGAGAUUCAGUGAAAGAAAGAGAGAAAAAGUAAUGGACUCGCCGACGUCGCGUGGCGGAGGCGAUUCAACAACUCGAAUCCCGGCUCGAUCUUCGAUGAUUGAGUCAUUCAAGGGAUGUGGAUUGACGGGGAUGCGGAUUGACAAGGAGAAGUUGAGGAAGCAGCUUCGGAUGCCGCAGUAUCUUCGGUUUGCUAUGCGAGAUUCCAUCCGGCUGCAGGAUCCUGGCGCUGGAGAGAGCCGGUUGCCUGGUGCUAGUUCUAUCUCCGGCUCCCCCUUUGCUCAGGAUACUGACGAUGGACCUCCAGAGUCACCGAUGGUGGUGUUCAUUAAUCCGCGGAGUGGUGGUCGCCAUGGCCGCUUGCUCAAGGAGAGACUCCAGAUGUUAAUUAGCGAAGAACAGGUUUUUGACCUAACAGAUGUGAAGCCUCAUGAAUUUGUCAGAUAUGGAUUGAGAUGCCUCGAGUUAUUGGCUGGGCUUGGUGAUGCUUGUGCCAAAGAGACCCGUGAGAAGAUGAGGGUCAUGGUUGCUGGAGGCGAUGGUACUGUUGGUUGGGUUCUUGGUUGUCUUUUAGAACUUGAGAAAAAGGGGCGGCUGCCUGUUCCACCAGUAGGAGUAAUUCCUCUUGGUACUGGCAAUGACCUAUCCAGAACCUUUGGCUGGGGUGGUUCUUUUCCUUUUGCCUGGAAGUCAGCUAUCAAAAGAUCCCUCGACAGAGCAACCACUGGAAAGAUUCGUAGAUUGGAUAGUUGGCAAGUUUUUCUAUCUUCGCCGUCUGGUGAAAAUAUGGAUUUACCACAUUGCAUGAAACCAACAGAAGAUCAUGCUCUUGAUGAGAGUUUGGAAAUUGAGGAGGCAUUACCAGAGAAAGCAACCUGCCAUGAGGGAGUAUUUUAUAAUUACUUUAGCAUAGGAAUGGAUGCUCAAGUUGCUUAUGGCUUCCACCAUCUACGUAAUGAGAAACCUUACCUUGCACAAGGCCCAAUUGCCAACAAGCUGAUUUAUUCUGGCUAUAGUUGUGGUCAAGGCUGGUUCUUCACGCCUUGCUCUAGUGAUCCGAGUUUAAGGGGCCUUAAAAACAUCCUAAGGAUGCAUGUCAAAAAGAUCAAUUGUUCAGAUUGGGAGCACAUUUCAAUCCCCUCGAGUGUAAGAUCUCUGGUUGCUUUGAAUCUCAACAACUAUGGUAGUGGCAGACAUCCUUGGGGAAAUCUGUCCCCAGAAUAUAUGGAAAAGAGAGGGUUUGUGGAGGCACAUGUUGAUGAUGGACUUCUAGAAGUUUUUGGUCUAAAGCAAGGAUGGCAUGCAUCACUUGUCAUGGGAGAGCUCAUCUCUGCUAAACAUAUAGUUCAGGCUGCAGCAAUUCGAUUCGAACUUCGAGGUGGAGAAUGGAGAAAUGCAUUUCUGCAGAUGGAUGGAGAGCCAUGGAAGCAACCGAUGAAUGAUGAAUUUUCGACUUUUGUCGAAAUCAAGAGGGUACCAUGCCAAUCACUAAUGAUCAGUGGAGAAUAAUUUGAGAGGUAUAUUGUUGAUGCUGCUGGUAAGUUCAUACUGUUAGGAAUAACCAUUAAUGUAAAGUCGUCGGGUCGAUCAUCCUUUUGAAGGAUUGUAAAUGUUCUACAUUCAACAAGUAAUUGUUUAGGUGUGGGAGAGUUCGCUGUUUCAGAUUCAUUUGGGGGGAAGAACAUGUGGUUGUCGUUGGGAUUGUUGGCUGAACUACAAAUGAGUUGUGAUAGUGUCCAAAAGCCUCAAAACGUAUUUAUUAUUUCUACUGUGUGAUAUUAAUUCAUUUGACAGUUCAUGAA